AUGUUCCAACUUUUGCAAACACUUUCCCUCUUUUGGGCUUCCCUGGUGGCUCAGAUGGUAAAGAAUCUGCCCGCAAAUGCGGGAGACCCGGGUUCAAUCCCUGGGUCGGGAAGAUGUCCUGAAGAAGGAAAUGGCAGCCCACUCCAGUAUCCAGUAUUCUUGCCUGGAGAAUCCCAUGGACAGAGGAGUCUGGCAGGCUACAGCCCAUGGGGUCGCAAAGAGUUGGACAUGCCUGAGAGACUUAACACAACACCCACCUCUUACUUAAAGGGAAAGCGGAAGCUUUCGGAUGAGAACUGUCACCUUCCCAGUCUCUUCCGGACAAACCUGCUCCCCUGA